AUGUCAAAAAGAGCCUCUAUAAAUUGCUUAAUCAAAACGAAAAAUGCAAUAAUUAAUGAUGAGUAUACAUUUAUUAAACCUCACUCGAAAUACUUUCCUCUUCAAAUCUCAACAUAUAUCGGUACGGAUAAACAAAGUAAUGACUCUAAAUUCUUAUUAAUGAUAUUCCGUAGACUUUGUAGGCUAAAACCCUUCAUAUCUGAUAGAAAAAUGGUAAAGGACACUUAUAGUCAAUAUAUUCAUUACAAAUUCACAAAAGAAAAUUAUCAAUUGAAAAGAUCAAAAGUAUUACCUCAACAACAAUGCCGAAAUCCUGAUUCACAAUAUUUACCAUACGAAUCAAUAUAUAAUUCAUUGACCUUUGUGCUAAAGGCAGUGUCAGCACAACCCGAAGGAAAAGAUAAAAACUUGGAACUAGCAAGAGAUAAUUUAAUGUGUAAGCAAAUCCUUAAAAAUUUACUGUCCAUUGAGUUUGAUAAACAUACAGUUGUAAAGCAAUGUAGAGGUGUAUCCAGGUCAGUUCCAUAUCAGAGCUUAUAUUCGAAUUAUGAUUAUUUAGUACUUGAUAAAGCAAAAUACAAUAAAAAGUUAUCAAGAGAUACUUUCACCAAUUCAGUUAUUGGUAUAUUUGAUAGAAAUUUGAUACUUUUGAAUGAAAUGAUCGAUACGAGAUUAUAG